GACGAUCUUCGCGCGAGGCUGUCUGCAGAGUUUCUCGAAGGUGGCGCAGGUUCACACAUGUCUUCAUCCCGCGAUCCAGGUUUGGCAGGCGGCUGGGUGUGGUUCCUCAUGCUGAGGGACGUUUCACCAGAUGGCCGGGUGGUGCAUAGUUCUAGGCCUGCGCACUAACAGCUGAAGGACGAGGGACAUCGCGAACUGGAGGUGGCAUGGACGCGUAGUGGGAUAGUGGUGUUUGGUUGUCUUUUAAAUUUGUUCAUUUACACUGUUUGGAAAGGUAGAAAGGUGUCUGAGGCAGGAACACUGGGCACUAAUACAGAAUCAAGAACAUGGGGCUUCUUCAGCUGCUAAAAUCCCAGUUCUUGUGCCACCUGAUCAUCUGCUAUGUCUUUCUGGUCAGCGGCCUUAUUAUCAACCUGUUGCAGCUUUGUACUUUACCUGUGUGGCUGGUCAGUAAGCAGCUGGCCCGCAGAAUCAACAUCAGACUGGCCUACUGCAUCUCCAGCCAGAUGGUUGCUAUCUUGGAGUGGUGGUCUGGGACAGAGUGCACACUCUACACUGACCCAAAGAGUUAUCCACUGUAUGGAAAAGAGAAUGCCAUUGUGGUUCUCAACCACGCUUUUGAGAUAGACUUCCUGUGUGGUUGGACCUUCUGUGAGAGAUUUGGAGUUCUUGGGAGCUCAAAAGUGUUAGCCAAAAAACAGCUGGCUUAUGUACCGAUCAUCGGCUGGAUGUGGUACUUCUUGGAGAUAGUUUUCUGCAAAAGGAAAUGGGAGGAAGAUCGAAGGACGGUGAAUGAGAGUCUUGAGAAACUGCGGGAUUACCCAGAAAACUUCUGGUUCUUGCUUUAUUGCGAAGGGACACGCUUCACACCAAAGAAGCACCAGGUCAGCAUGCAGGUGGCUGAAAGCAAAGGGUUGUCCAAACUAAAGUAUCAUCUUUUGCCCAGAACCAAAGGAUUCUGGGUAACAGUUCAGAGCCUCAGAGGGACGGCUGCGGCUGUUUACGAUUCCACGCUGAACUUCAGAAACAAUGAAAUGGCGACUUUGCUGGGGCUUCUUAACGGGAAAAAAUAUCACGCAGACUUAUAUGUGAGGAGAAUUCCUCUAGAGUUGAUCCCAGAAGAUGAGAAGGAGUGUGCUGAGUGGCUCCACAAACUUUACCAGGAGAAGGAUAGCUUUCAAGAGCACUACGCAAAGACUGGGCGCUUCCCGGGCCCCAUAAUGAGUCCUCCUCGUCGACCAUGGUCCUUGAUCAACUGGCUAUUCUGGUCCUGCCUGCUCCUGUACCCUCUAGGCCUGCUGCUCACUCAGCUGAUCAGCUCUGGAUCAGUAUUUACCAUCGUAGCUUCCGUGGCUGUCUGCUCUGCAGCAGCAGAUUUGACACCUCCAAUCUUCACUGGGAGUUCGCUGGAUGAUUGGCCAGACUGAGAUAAAAAGAGCCUCAAACUAUGGGAAUAAGGAGGUUUCUCUAAACAACAACUAGUGUAUUCUGGAAACGGCGUCUUUUUAUUGCAGAGCUACUAAUCUGCAAACUGCCGUCAGGAAAACUUGUGCCAAAACAGUCCUGCCAGACUGCCAUUUGCAAGUGCAGACCUGCUUCAAAGCAAGCGCAGACAGGAUAGUUUUACACUAACGCUAUGCUGCAGAAGACUGGGGACUUGGUAAGCAGGUUAAACACAGGAUUAAAAUCAGAGUAUGUUUGAGAACAGCCAAGACCAACAUUUGCUAUAGAAACAAAUUUAAUUCAACCAAAAGGCAAGUGGACUACCUCGAUGAUUGCACUGUAAUGCACAGAUGACAUUUAGGAGGUGAGAGAAAAUAAAAAUUUUGCACAAAAAAGUGGCCUUUGUUGUUGUUUGUACUUAAAAAAAAAAAAAAAAAGUAGUGAAUGAAUGGUAUGAUGAAGAUCAGGGCCUUUUUUUUCUGCUCAAAUUUGGCUACAAUCCAGACAAAAGAACAGGACUUCACCAGCAAAUAGUUUAUUGUUAAAAAAAAAAAACAACAAAAAAAAAACCUGAGCCUUCCAGUUGAUAUUUCCUCGUCUGCUAAGGCAAGGAUGACUUAACUCCCAGUAUGAGAAUAUUUUGGAGCAUUAAGACAUUGAAUAGAUGCUAAAGCAGCGCCUCAACUGCGACUACACUGGGCGUAAUGUAGAAACUCGUAGUCAGUUUAUAUUCUUCAGGUAAUAAGGGAGAUUGACCAGCUGAAUUACAUCUAAUCUACACGUGUGGCUUUCUUUUUUUUCUAAAUAAAUCAAUAAGUAAACCAAUGUGCCGCACGGUUCCAUAAAUAUAGUCCGUCCGUUUAUAUGUUGGCAGUAAAAACAAAAGUUCCAGUAACUUUUUGUUGACAUUCACUGUUGCAGUCUUUCCAUCUACGGCUGUGU